CAGCUGGAGCGCAGGGGUGAGCGACCCGGCGUCCCAUCAGUGGGCUCGGGCCCCCAGACCCUCUGGAAGCACAAGGACACGACUGGAGCGCGGGGCAGGGAAAGACACCCGGAAAAGCGCAGGAAGCGGCUGCGCGGCCGCUCUGCGGAGGGACUGAGGCUGGAGCCCAAGGCAAUACCAUGCAUCACGAGGCAUCCCUAAACGCGAAAGGAUUGCGCCGGUCCUACCCCGGGCCUAUGCCAAACCUCGCGAUAGCUCAACAAACCCACCCUCAGCUCCAACGGCACCGCCGCCCUGGAAUAUUCCACAUUCCUGCGCACGCGCUCUGUAGCCCUUAACGUCUCAGCUCCGCCUUUCUUUGACUACGCCCCUGCCCAUCAAGGGUAUUUUCCACCCCGUACUAUACCAAUCUUCUACUUUAACCUCGCAACAGGCUUCUGAUUGGCUGACUCGGGAAGCAAUCGCUGCGAAAGGGAGGCGACGAUAGGUUGGCAGCCAGUCCGGCUUCCGCGGAAGGUGAUUGGUCGGUGCUGUUGUCCAAUCGGAGGUGGGCUGUCGGAUUCAAAUCGGGAUCGUUGGGCCUGAGGUCGUUAGGCUCAGUCGAGUCGUUUCGUUGGCCGGUUACGGACGUGUAGUUCGUUGCGCCCUCUCUUCGCGCUCCCGUUCCUCUGCACCGCUGCGCGCCCGCACGAUGGCCCACAAGCAGAUCUACUACUCCGACAAGUACUUCGACGAGCACUACGAGUACCGGCAUGUCAUGUUACCCAGAGAACUUUCCAAACAAGUACCUAAAACCCAUCUGAUGUCUGAAGAAGAGUGGAGGAGACUCGGCGUCCAACAGAGUCUAGGCUGGGUUCAUUACAUGAUUCAUGAGCCAGAGCCGCAUAUUCUUCUCUUUAGACGACCUCUUCCAAAAGAUCAACAAAAAUGAAGUAUAUCUGGGAUCGUCAAUUGAAUCUUUUUCAAAAUUUAAUGUAUAUGUGUAUAUAAGGUAGUAUUCAGUGAAUACUUGAAAAAUGUACAAAUCAUUCAUCCAUACCUGUGCAUGAGCUGUAUUAUUCACAGCAACAGAGCUCAGUUAAAUGCAACUGCAAGUAGGUUACUGUAGGAUGUUUAAGAUAAAAUUUCUUCUAGUCAGUUUUUCUCUUAAUAUAAGUGCCUGUUUGACUUGUUACUAUUGUUAAAUAAAGUUUGUAUGUUGCAUUUA